GGUACCGGGACCCAAGUGAAUACUACCUUGAUUGCCACUAUAUGACAAUGACAUUAUAUGUUAAAAUUGGACUUGAAUGGGUUAGUUAUUAAUACAUGCAAACUACUGAGAAUGACCUACACGAAAUGAAUCGAUAAAGCUUUUUGGCGUCGUUGUUGGGGAACCUCGGUAACUAGUAGAAAACCAUCAAGUUGUUAGUAGUUUUACCAUUUUUGUGUUUUGUUAUCCAACUUUGUUCAUCACGGGUUGUUGAAUUUGUGUCUUGUAGCACUCUUGUAUGCGACGAAGGGACUCUAUGGAAAUAUUACCUCUUGAUACAGAAAUCGAGAGAACCCUUCGAAAUCUAAGAAUAUUUUCAAGACAUCAACCUCCACUAAUGGAGGACCAACAACAUCAACCUCAAGUUCUACCAAGGUCUAGAACAAUAGGAUCUUAUUCAAGGCCAAGUGUGGAUAGUUUUCAAUCUCCUAUUCUUCACCCACUAGUGCCGAACAAAAACUAUGGGAUAAAACCAUGCACAAUUUUGAUGCUUCAAAGUGUAGUUCAAUUCAAUGGGAUGAUGAGUGAAGAUGUUCACGCACACAUCAAGUCGUUCUACGAGUUGACUGAUGGAAUUAAGAUAAACAGGGUUCCUCAAGAGGCAAUCUGUCUGAGGUUAUUCCUGUUUACUUUAAAUGGAGAGUCAAAGCAAUGUUGAAUAACCAUCCCCAUCACUCCAUAACCUCGUGGGCGGAUCUAUGCGACAUGUUCUUCGCAAUGUAUAUUCCACCCUCUAAGACGACCUUAAUGAGAAGCGAGAUUAUUAUGUUCCUUGAAGAGGAAGAUGAGCCAUUGUUUGAAGCAUGGGAAAGGUUUGCAUCACUUCUACUCAAAUGUACACACCACGACAUCGUCGAUUCGUUUCAAGUGGAAAGCUUUUAUAAUGGUUUGACAAGGGAGUCACGAAACCUCAUCGAUGAGGCUAGUGGAGGUGCCAUCAAGAACAAGGAAGUUGGUGGAUUUCAAAGUCUCAUUGAAGAGAUGGCCCUAAAUAACCAUGAUUGGGAUGACGGAAGGAGAGCUAAGAAUGUGAAGAAGGGAAUUUUAUUAAAGAUUGACGAACCAUCUUCGUUAGCUUCUCAUAUACAAGAACUCUCCAACAAAAUUGAUCAAGUUGUGUCAUCUAUGAAAGGCAAUGGAAAGCAACUCAUGAAAUGUGAUUGGUGUGGUGAGUCGAGUCACACUAUGGAGGAGUGUAAGUCUAAGAUUGAGGCCUCAAUACAGUUUGAGCAAGCUAACUUUGUUGGAGGGAAAUCACGAGGGAACUACCCAUACAGCUCUACAUAUAAUCCGGGUUGGAGGAACCAUUUCAACUUUCUUUGGUCUAUUCCGACGGAUAGAAAGCCUCCGAGGUUUCAAUCUCAAGCUCCUAUGCAAAAUGCUUAUCCAAUGCCAAGUCAACCUUCAUACCAAGGAGCUUAUCAAGUUCAAGGUCGACCCUCCAAUGGUCCAGUCUCUAAACUUCAAGACUUGGUAGGUCAAUUUGUUACAAACACCAACAAGAAGUUUGGUGCUAUUGACAAAUUCAUGGAGAGUACUACGACCAAUUUCUCAAAUUUGGAAGCGGGUGAAAGGAAUCAACAAGCUUUGCUUCAAAAUCUUAGAACCCAACUAAGCUCAUGGGCCCAAACUCUAUCGUCAAGACCACGAGGAACCUUACUGGGAAAUACCAAACCUAAUCUUAAAGAUGAGUGUCACGUGGCAACUCUAAGGAGUGACCAGCCUCUAAUGGAGGUUCCUAUCCCAACCUCGGGAUACCGAUAUGAGAGGUUCAAAGAGAAGUUGUGCAAGUAGAAGAGAUAGUUCGGGAAGACGUGCAGCCUCCUAUCGAAAUCAAGAUUGAAGACGAAGAGAAGGCUAAGAGGACUCAAGUACCUAAUUCAACACCAAAAGCUCAUUAUCCUAGACGCUCAUUUGAAAGUGAUCUACAUCAUGAAUGUGCUCCAUGGAAGGAUACUUUUAAGCAAUUGAAGGUAACCGGUCCUUUCUUAGACAUGGUUAUGAAAAUCCCCAAACAUACUCAAUUCUUGAGAGAGAUAUUUUCGGAAAAGAGGAAGACGGAGGAAGUUUUUAUGGUUCUAUUAGUGAAGUUGCUUCAACAUCCAUCGGGUGUGCAGGCUUCUCUCCAAAUCUAAGAGAUCCAGGAAUCUUCACUAUUCCAUGUACCUUUGGAUUCAAAACUUUUUGGAAUCCGCUAGCAGAUUUGGGGUCUUGUAUCAAUAUUAUUCCUACAAGAAUAUACAAUGAGUUAGACU